AUGGAAAACGUUACUGAUGAUCAAAUAGCAACACGUUUCUAUGACCAUUUAAAAGGACAGCGCUCUGUCCCCAACCAUAGCAAAAAAUUUGUGACCCAAAGCUUGCUUAGAAUUAAGCAAUACGUAGAAUCGAAUGUCAAAGAACUUGACAAGGAAAGAAUCUUUUUAGUCUACUUCGAAGAUGACGAUGAUGGCGCAACCUACAUUGCCCUGCCCUUAUUAAUUCGCAACGGACACCACUACAUCCUCUCGCAUGACGGACUCCUGUCAAUUAGAUUAUUGUCCAUUCACGCCUAUGAACUGAAUGAGCUCUUCCUCGAUACCGUAGGAAGAAAACUCAAUUGCUCAGACAAAAUAGUCGUGGUUGAAAAAUCCAAUCAAAUCGAUGGGCACAAUGCAGCACUAUUUCAUGACGGUUUGAAUAGUGAAAUUUGCCUCGCCGAACUUGACAAAGAUGAUCAAAUUCUCAAAAAAAUUGAACUGCUCCCCGGAGGUUCAUCAGAAGACUUAAAUAUUUCAAGCAAAUUGCAAACCAAAAUUAAAAUGAUAGACACAGCUGAGAGCGAAGGGAUUAUUUCUCACGCAAGGGCCGAACUUUUUCGUGCUAAACUUCCCUACAAACCAGACUUCACAACAGACGAAAUCAAAGAACUUAAAAAGAAUCACACUCCGAUCACUAAAGUGAUGCUGGCUGAUCACGCUCCUUUGAUUAAUCACCCCUCCACCAACGUUGACACCGCAGAACCCGCUAUUCACUCAGCUCAAACAACCAAGGUCCCCAUCCACCUCCCUCCUGUCAACCCAGAAUACCUAAACAAUUACUAUCUCGAGAAACUUAAAUUAGCCGAAAAGCAAGAGAAGUUCAUCCCCAACCUUGGUUUUACCGAACAGUUUAACGACACCAAACCAUUCACAGCGAUUCCAUUAGAGAGACGCACCUUUGAUGAGCAACUAUACAUCAAGAAAGUUGAAGAAAAUGCCAAUAAAAGGCUUCACAAAUCGCUCGCCACCUUAAUGAACAUUGCCGACCGAGCAGACACCCACUGGCCAGACAAUUUCGCGGAUAUCUUUAUUAAGAGUCAGAUUCUUAAAAAACUAGAAAAAAUGUGGAGCUCAGCAAAGGCCGGUCAAACUUUAGCCUCUCUUCACGAAUUCGCCAUCUACAUGAUAGGCUCCAUAGUUAGAAUGGUCAGCUAUUACGUUCACUCCAAAAUUGCAGAAAUGAAAGAGAGAAUUGACAGUAGCAACAGAAGGCCUGGUGAUCGCAACUUGUUCAUUCUUGGAACAAAUGAUCCAGUUCAGAUGGAAAAAUUUGUAACCAUCACUGGCGACGCUGAAAUAUAUGAUUACAAUACAAUAGGAGACAUAGCCUACACCUUUCUCAAUUACAUUAUUUCCGAUGAAAUGCAUGAAUUUGCAUUGCAAGGCAAACCCUUAAUUGAUAAAAAUUUCAUUUUUUGCGGUUGGCUAAUCAAGAAAGCAGGUAUUCUCAAAAUCCCUAGAUUAAUUCAUGCAAGAAUCAAUAUCGCAAUUGAAAGAAAGAACCUAGAAAAUGUUAUCGCGAGCUACGCGGCUGAGUCACACUUUGCCUUCAACAAGAGAGCCGAACUCUGGGACUUGCUCGACGA